ACCAAGGUCCACCACUAGCAACAACAUCGAUGACUAAGCAGACCCGCCCUCAGACACCACCGACGACAUCAUCUCGAAGUACAAUAGCACUGUCCAGUUAUUCUAUCAGAACACUCUUGUAGAUAUUUAGCUUCAAAAUUCUUCUCUCAGCACCAUUUCUCCUCCUGCGCAGCACAUCUUGCUUCAGCUACCCGCUAGGUUUCCAGCGAUCCCGAGCAAACACCAAGUCAAGAUGUCUACAAUCACGCCCAAUGCACUCCAAAGCGAGCGACCCCCCACUAUCCCCAAUUCUUUCAAUGCCAAUCAGCCACCCACUAUCCGUCUCUACCCUCUCUCAAACUACACGUUCGGUGUCAAGGAGACCCAGCCUGAGGAGGACCCCAGUGUGAUCGCCCGACUCGAGCGCCUGAACGACCACUACGAGAAACAUGGAAUGCGCCGGACUUGCGAAGGCAUCCUGGUGUGCCAUGAGCACAACCACCCACACAUUCUAAUGCUCCAGAUUGCCAAUGCUUUCUUCAAGCUGCCUGGCGACUACCUCCAUCCCGAAGAUGACGAGAUUGAGGGAUUCAAGCGCCGCCUCGAUGAGCGCCUUGCACCAGUCGGCAGCCUGGGCGAAGGCAACAAGGCCGCCGACUGGGAAAUUGGCGACUGCCUUGCGCAGUGGUGGCGCCCCAACACCGAGACCUUCAUGUACCCUUUCGUCCCUGCCCAUAUCACACGGCCCAAGGAGUGCAAGAAGCUCUACUUGAUCCAGCUUCCUGAGACCAAAGUCCUCUCCGUUCCCAAGAACAUGAAACUCCUCGCCGUGCCCCUAUUCGAGCUCUACGACAACACCCAGCGCUACGGACCCCAACUUUCUGCCAUCCCCCACUUGCUCAGCAGAUACAACUUUGAGUUUGUCAACGAGGACGGGGAGGUUGUCGCUCAGACUCCUACUGCCGGCCAAGAGAACCACGCCUCCAAGACUCGGGUUCUGGCUGGUGGCAACGAGGAUGUUGACAUGAAGACUGAUGAGGACCAAAAGUGGGAUGAGAAGAAACAGGAGAAUGGCGCCAAUUAGCUCUCUAGUGUCUUCUCAUCUAUUUCUCCUUGACCUGUCUUCUUCAGUCAAGAGCAGCGAGAUAAGCCUGCGACUACUUUUCUUGAGUUUCUGCCACUCAUGCGCACUACACAUAAAACGGGAUGGAAGGGAAUGGGUUAGCGGAUCUGGGGUUUGCUUUGUGCCUUUCUUCUUUUCGAGAGAGCAGGCGUCAGGUGGGGUUUGGACGGCGUUUAACAGGUCAGGCAGAUACCAGCGGAUCAUGGUUAAGUCAUUUUACAUUGUUCUUGUUUGCUCUUUUGGGUUGUUGCCGGUGUCCAUAUGAAAUGUCUGGGAGAUACGGUUACCACAGAUUUAGUGUGGCUUGCUGAUGAGAGCUGGCCUUUUACGACAUUGACGCCCCUCUAUCGGCAACCCGAACCUGCUUUGUGGCUACAUACAUGUCAAAGCUUCCUCCCUACCAGGCUCAGUUAUCAUAGAAGGUGGGAGAGGGCAGCUUCGAUGUGGAAACACAAGCACGCCACACGCAUUAUCAGAGAUUUGCGCAGUGACCAAGGUGACGACAGGGGGCGCUAUCUUGAUAGGUUGG